AUGGGUUACUUCCUUCCUGAUGGAGCUAUUGAAAAUUUGAAACAAUAUAGAUAUCAGAGCGAAGAUCGUUCAAUUAUAUCAAGGCAUUUGUUGAAACCUUUUUGGUUAUGGUUUGAACAAAUAUUUCCGUCGACUAUGGCGCCGAACUUGAUUACUUUGUCAGGACUUGGCUUUGUCAUUUUCAAUGUAAUAUUGGUAAUGAUAUAUGAUCCAUUCUUGAAUCAAGAGUCACCUAGGUGGGUUUAUUUUGCACAUGCCUUUGGUAUAUUUAUGUACCAAACAUUUGAUGGGUGUGAUGGGAUUCAUGCUCGUAGAAUAAAUCAGUCAGGUCCACUUGGUGAACUUUUUGACCACAGUAUAGAUUCGAUCAACACGACUCUCUGUCUGUUUAUCUUCUCAUCUAUGAUUAGUUCUGGAUAUUCAUAUUUGACUUUAUAUAGUCAAUUUGCUCUUUUGUGUAAUUUUUAUUUAAGUACCUGGGAAGAAUAUCAUACGCAUAUCUUAUUUUUAAGUGAAUUCUCAGGACCUGUAGAAGGUAUUCUGGGAAUAUGUUUUGCAUUUAUAUUGACUGCUACAAUGGGUCCAGAUUUAUUAUGGCAUACUAAUAUUUUUAAUAUUACUUUAUGGAAUGGCAUGAUCAUUGGUUUUGAUACAUCACAUCUUUUCCUUGUCCUCUCAUCAAUUGGUUUGUUAUUUAAUAUCUAUACCGCAAGAUCAAACGUUAUAAAAUAUUAUAGUGGAGAGAAAAUUUUACUAAAUGAAAGGGCUAAUAUUAAGCAAGCCAUGCAGGGUUUAUUACCCUUUUUUAUCUAUUAUUUAACAAUUGUGAUUAUUGUCUACAUAGAACCUGAGUUUUUAUCAUUUGCAUUCAUGUCGUCCAUAGGUUUAACCAUAGCGUUUGUUGUUGGACGUAUUAUUGUGCAUCAUUUAACCAAGCAAGACUUUCCAAUGUUCAAUAUUUCUACAAUGAUCCCUUUGGCACAAUUGAGUUUAUAUUUAAUUGUGGUAAAUGUAUUUGAUGGUCCUUCAAAACAAACAGCCCAUGCAUUAAGUUGGUUAGGUUUUGGUUUAUCGUUAGGGAUCCAUGGAUUUUUUAUGAACGAAAUAAUUCAUAAGUUUACGUCGUAUCUGGAUAUCUAUGCAUUGACAAUUAAACAUCACAAAAAGAUUUGA